ACUCAAGAAUCAUUUGUCAGUCUAUCGUCAAAUUUCAAAGUGAUAACUUCAUUCAUCGACGAUCCCAAAGCUGAAAAAUAUAUCACGCAUGAUGCAACGACUUUUGUUUUUGACCGUUGCCUCUGUCUGUCUUGCGGGAUUCGUGUCUUGCAAGCCCCAAAGUGGUUACAAUAGCCGGCAAGAUGAGCGUUACGCACACAUUUUGCGGUACGACAAUAUCAAUCAUGGGGAUGGCACGUAUUCCUACAAUUACGAAACUAGCAAUGGAAUCAAGGCAGAGGAGAAUGGGUACUUGAAGGGACGCGGAACAAACAAUGAGAUUCAGACUGUGCAAGGCUCCUACCAAUAUUAUUCUCCAGAGGGUGAACUUAUCCGAGUCGUGUAUACAGCUGAUGAAAAUGGGUUCAACCCCAGUGGAGAUCAUCUUCCUACUCCCCCACCAAUUCCUCCAGCAAUCCAAAAAUCUCUGGACAUCAUUUACGCCAACGUAGCUAAACAGCAGCAACAAGGGCACUACAACAGGCCAAACAAUAACCAAAGACCAUAUUAAAACAUUACUCUCUGACCAAAUCAAUAUUUCUUGUAUUAAUAAAACUGUUUUUAUGAGUACCGUGCAAAUAAAUUAUUUCGAUAAGCGCACUA